UUUAAGUAAGGUAUUGGCAAAGUAUAGUAUUGAUUCCAAUAGUACAAACACUAUCCCACUAUUUUCUCUACAAACCUACGAAAUUCAAGAGUCUGACAAGCACUUCAAGCAUUGCAUAGUGAAAAUUUUAGUCAGACUAAAAAAUUAUGAAACUUUGGUCGUUGAUAGCUUAGAAGCUAUAUGCAAUGAGUAUGUAGCUAUUCUUCAUAUCACAAUUAAUAUUACAAGAGAUUCUACAAGAGAAGAGUUCAGUAUGAGACCUGAAUAUGAAGUAAUAGGUAAUGAAAGCACGAGACAGGUUAACUUUACAAUUAAGAAAGCCAAAAAUCUUAUUUGUGUCACUAAAGACAAAUCAGAGCAAAAUCUAAUUGAGG